AUGGAGGUCGCCGCGUCCUCCGACCAAUACCGCUCCUCCUCUUCCUCCGCCAGCAGCCCCGCGCGCCGCUACUACCUGCCCAAGCCGGGCGCGCUCCGCCGCCCCAUCUCCUUCGAGGACUCCCCCGACUGGGACGACAUCCACCCCGACGACACCAUCCACCUCGCCACCGCCGCCUCCGCCUCCAUAUCCAUCGCCAGCAGCGCCUACCCUUCCCCCUCGCCCUCCCUGCCUCCGGGGCUCCCCUCCGCCUCUGCUGCAUGCCGCGACCGGAAGCUGGCCGGGGCUACCCUCGUCUGGAAGGACCUCACCGUCUCCUCACUCGCCGCAACCACAAACCGCUUCUCCGACCGACUCGUCAAGAGCUCCAACGGCUACGCGCUGCCGGCCACGCUCACCGUCAUUAUGGGCCCCGCGCGCUCCGGCAAAUCCACACUGCUCCGUGCAAUUGCAGGGAGGCUCAGUGCUACCGAGAGGAUAUACGGCGAAGUCUUUGUCAACGGCGCCAAGUCUCCCUUACCAUACGGAUCAUAUGGUUAUGUUGACCGAGACGAUGUGCUUGUUGAAUCCCUCACAGUACGUGAGAUGCUAUACUUCUCGGCACUCCUGCAGCUUCCUGGUUUCUUAUCUUCGAAAAAGUCAAUCGUGGAGGAUGCUAUUGCAGCCAUGUCAUUAGGUGACCAUGCUGACAAACUCAUUGGUGGAAACUGUUUUAUGAAAAGGCUGCCUACCGGAGAAAGAAGGCGGGUCAGCAUCGCGAGAGAGCUUGUGAUGAGACCACAUGUUUUAUUCAUUGAUGAACCACUCUAUAAUCUUGACAGUGUUUCUGCACUGCUCUUAAUGGUAACAUUGAAGAAACUCGCAAGCACAGGAUGCACCAUCAUAUUCACAAUGUAUCAGAGCAGCACAGAGGUUUUUGGACUCUUUGAUCGUAUUUGCUUGCUUUCAAAUGGGAACACGCUCUUUUUUGGAGAAACAUUGGCUUGCCUACAGCAUUUCUCAAAUGCUGGGUUUCCAUGUCCAAUCAUGCAAAGUCCAUCGGACCACUUCUUGCGGGCAAUCAAUACUGACUUCGACAGAAUUAUAGCCAUGUGCAAGAAUUUGCAGGAUGAUCAAGGGGAUUUUUCGUCAGUGAGCAUGGAUACAGCAGUGGCAAUUCGUACACUGGAAGCAACGUACAAACAAUCAGCUGACUCUGUUGCAGUUGAAUCAAUGAUUGCAAAGUUGACAGAGAAGGAAGGCCCUUGCUUAAAAGGUAAGGGCAGGGCCAGUGAUGCAGCAAGAAUUGUGGUUCUGACCUGGAGAUCAUUGCUAAUUAUGUCAAGAGAUUGGAAGUACUUCUGGAUCAGACUUGCCUUGUAUAUGCUUAUUGCUUUGUCAAUCGGCACGAUAUUUACCAAUAUUGGUCAUUCAUUAUCAUCUGUAAUGGUGAGGAUUUCUGCGAUAUUUGCGUUUGUAUCGUUUAUCAUCCUUCUAAGUGCUUCUGUAGUACCUGCUCAUAUUGAUGAGGUCAAGAUUUAUUCCCACGAAGAAGCUAAUCGGCAUUCAGGGACAAUGGUCUUCCUGUUAGGGAACUUCCUAUCAAGCAUUCCUUUCCUAUUCCUGGUCUCCAUUUUGUCGUCUCUGGUUUUCUACUUCCUGAUAGGGCUCAGGAAUGAGUUCAGCUUCCUGAUGUACUUUGUCAUCACCAUCUUUGUAUGCCUGUUGGCAAAUGAAGCGCUUAUGAUGAUUAUUGCGUACAUCUGGCUCGAAACGUACAAGUGCACCUUAACUCUCAUUUUCUUAUACGCUAUCAUGAUGCUUGUGGCUGGGUAUUUCCGAAUACGAGAAAACUUGCCUUAUCCUGUAUGGACUUACCCGUUGUCCUUCAUUUCGUUCCACACAUAUGCAGUCCAGGGCUUGGUCGAAAACGAGUAUGUGGGCACAUCCUUUGCUGUUGGACAGAUAAGGACCAUACCUGGUGUCCAAGCUGUUCGAGGCUCAUAUGACAUUUCAUCUUCCGGAAACGCAAAGUGGGUGAACCUCCUGGUUUUGCUACUGAUGGCAAUCGGAUACCGGAUUGUUCUCUACUUGUUGCUUCGACUAGAUGUAAGGAAGCAUGCGAGGAUGCUUGGCAACUGGAGGUCAUGGUGGCCAAGUGUCCAUUCUGCUACUGGUGCUAAGUGA